AUGGAUCUGGACGCGAGCCCUGCCAUCAACUUCUGGAAGGACCCGAACGCCGAGUCCUGCUGCAUCUGCGGCGGGGAGGAGGCGGCGGCGAAGCACGCGGAGCUGACGUGCCCCUACAACUACCUCGCCCCUGCCUCGUACGCUCCCUGCCGGGCGAGAGCUGCCGCCUGGAGGGAGUCCAGGAGCGCGCUGUCCGAGCACCGCUGGUACUUGCGGCGCUUCGUGCGCGUGAACAACCUGCCGGGGAGCUGCCGUCCGGCGGAACUCGCCGGGCUGUUCGCCGAGUUCGGGCCGCUGCGGAUGUGGCACGUCGCCAUGGACGCCCCCGGAGCGUGCAAGGGAUUCGCCUGCCUCGUCUUCGAGCGCCGAGAGCAUGCGGAGGAAGCUAUCGAUAAGCUCAAUUGCUAUAAUUUAGGCGGGCGUAGCUUGCGGGUAGACUGGGCUUACCCCAGCGCUUGACUGAGCAACUGGGCCUUGUUUGUUUCCCAUCCUAUUCUAUUCUAAAAAAAUCCCCCAUG